GCUAAUUCAGUGAAGAUUUUUGUGCAACAGUCAGUAUCUUCCCCUUCAAGAUUUAUAGGUUCUCUUUACGUCUUCUAUUUGUCUUUUAAUAAUUGAACUGCCUUGUUUUUACUGAGGUUGGCUAGCAAACCCGCAUAAAUAUUUACCAGUGAUGCUUCCAAAAUCGGUUCACACACAAUCCAGAGAGCUAUUUAACAAUAAAUAAGCCUGCCACAAACACAUAUUGAAAGAAACAAUUUGCACUGUCUGAAGUUUCCAGUAUAUUUCUUUAUCACCCUGAAUACAUUUGACAAUCAAAACUGGAUUUCGUAAACCGAUUUCCCAGUCCCUCUUCUGGGUAGUCAUGUAAUCUCCUUAAGUCGGCGCCGUGACUUGACGAUCGGUGUUAGUUAGCUACCUUUAACAUCGACAAAAAUAAUAACAUAUAUGUAUAAUCUAGGAUUUCCCUACAUAAAAUAUUUAACACCUUUUCUUGCAGUAUUUAUUGUAGAUAUUUGGUGACAUUGAUUGUUAAGAUUAUGGAAAACGGGAAGCUUAGGUGAACAUGGCGUUAUGUCUUUGCAAUGUUUGGUGUUUGUUGAGUGAAGGAGAAUAGUUUGUUCGUAUGGAAUAUAUGUGAAGUGAAUGGACUGUGUGUCUUAAAUUUUUCUGCCUGCAAAUGAUUAUGUGCUGUGGACUUGAACAUGCUUAGUGGAUGACAGCUGUUUUCAGAAUGUUAUCCAACUGACGUUUAAUGUACCUGAUGGAACAGUGUUACAGCAAAGUUCAGUAGUUGAUUUUAAUACUCGUACCUAAUAAUUAGGAAACUCCCAUAUGCAAACCCCGAGAACUCUGAACACAGACUGUUACAUAGUCGUUAAUCCAAUGCAAAGUAAUUGAUUAUAACUCGCAAAAACGGGUCUGUAGUGCAUCUUGUGGGGGUGCAGAAUAUUUAAGUAAAGUACGAAAUAGAAACACCCAAUUUAAUAAUAGCGUUUUAAUAUUUGUCGUUACAUUAUAAAUAUCAGUAUCUUGGCGGAACAGUUGCAAAGCAACUACGGUCGUAAGUGAGGGUCGAGCUGCAGUGUGUUCUGGGAUAGUUCCCCUCCAUAACAUCUUCAAGUAAACAAGAAGGGCUGUACAGCUGGUGACUGCCAGAGAAAGCCGUUUACGGCUAACGCACGAUCACAGACGUCUUGAAGCUUUUACCGGGUAUUAUCGCAUAGAACGAUAACACAUUACUUUCAAAAAGUGGCUGAGUGAAAUGUAAUUUCUUGUUUUAUUUUGUUUAGGAGGAGAUAUGUCUGUUUAUAAUCAAAAUAAAUGUAAAAUAAUCCAGAAGAUGGAAGGAAAAUAAAUUCAAUAAUGAACGUUUCUGAUAUGACAGGACUUUAUGUUGCACUCAUUAUAACAAUCAGUGGAUUAGGCAUAAUUUUCCUUGCAGUUCCAGAUCUGAUGGAUCAUGAUACAUGGAUUUUUGCUUUCCUAGAUUUGUUGGCUAAUUGGGUUUUGGUGUGGGAACUGACAAGUUUCUGUUACUUCCUUGAGGGUGUACGACAGACAAACGUAUUUGGAAUGGAGUAUGCUUGUUGUAAUGGAUGCAAGGACAGCAUUGGGAAAAACCUGCCAGUUACUUUCAGAGAGGAAGGUGGAAAAUCAGCCAGUGUGUCCACCCGUCCUGUGUUCUGAAGGAGACUGUUUAAAUGUAUUUGAGGGAAAAGAAGAGAAGGAAUUUCAGAUGGUGAGGUCCUUAGCCAUGAGUGCCAAUAUUGCUAAUGCUGUGAAAAAUGAAGUGAAGCAUUUAAUUCAUAUUAGUGCAGUUGAAUCAUGUGCUGAAAAGAAUAUGUGGGUCGGGGCAACCACAGGUUCAAAAUUACCGACUGUGAGUUACACUGCUAAUGCAAGUUUCUCUAGUUCCUUUGUAUUACCUAGUGCUGAAGAACAUCUUAUUUCAGUGAUAGUACUUUCCAGAUGGGAUGAUAUAAUGGGUCCACAGACUGUUCAUGUGUGGAUGGAACAGGCAGAAAAAAGUACAUGCAACAUCGACAGGAUCCGUGCUAUUAGAUAUGUUACAAAUCAUACUGUUAGUCAGGUAGCGGAAACAAGUGCAAUGGGACCUAAAAUUUUUGUGGUUUCUGACUUACAUAUUAUUGCUCAGUCUUUAACAUUUGGUGUGCGUGUGCAUCGUGGACAACGUAGACUACCACACUCCAUCUCUGUGUUGGUGUCAUUGAGUCAGUAUUCCAGUUUUCUGGAGUUACGGUAUUUGUGUCAUCAGUGGCUCAUUCGUACUGCUGCCCGUCUCCAAACACAGUUACAGGAUCCAUUUAACUGUGCACCUUUCAUAACGAAUGAUAAGCUUGAUGGCUGGAUGAUGGAACUUUGCUACAUGUUAGUAUCAGUGAAAUCUUGUGGAUUUGGGACAAUGCCAGAUCGGUACUCCUCGGAAAUUCUGGACCAUCCACUAAUAGAGCGUGCUUUAACAUCACAUCUACAAACAUUUGGCUGUACAGUUGUAAUGGGAACCUCUGCUACUGACAUAAAUCAGUUCAUAUACUUUUUGGCACAAUUCCUCAGUGCCAGUGAAAGAGUAUGUUCACGCCUGGUGAUUCCUAAUGUACAUUAUCCAUUUCAUGUUGGUCUAUACUUGCAGGGUCUUCUUUUGGAUGAAUUUGGAUGCAGAGAACUCUGUUCAGCAGAGCUUUCAUCAAAUCCAUAUCCUGUUACUGCAAUUGAUUUAACACAAACCUCACAGAUUGGUGCAGUGAAACAAACAUUUCUUUUACCUUUUAAUUCUGAUGGUUGUCUUAUAAAUGCACAAGGCAGAGUUCAUGCUACAGAUGACGUAACAGGAGUUCAUGGGAGAAUACUGCAUCCUGUGAAGGACAGCGCAUCAUUAGUUCAAGAACUGUUAAAGGACUUGAGAAGAUUGCAGCCACCAGAUUGGGCUAAAGUUGUGACAUUAUUUGUACAGAAGAUCAGCACAAUGGCACACUGUCUACUAAGUCAGAUUCAUUGCUUAAGAUAUGCUGAAAUAGUUUCAUCUUCUGUGUUUGGUUCUCCACCCCACCGUCACUUCUUGAUGAAGUGCUUAAAUCUUGAAGACAGUGACUUCCGCAUUGUUUUGGCUGCAGCUGAAAAACUGAAGCCAGGAGUUUAUUCAUAUAUAUUAAAGCCACUGCAACUGCCGAGAGAGGAUACAUGGAGCCAGAUGCAACAGAUAUGGCUACAGGAAGUUCCUUUCAUUGAAACACAUCCCCAUGACUCCUAAACCUUGUUAUUUGUUACAGUAAACUUGUGUAAAACUUUGGCUUUCAAUUUAUAAAUUCGUAGAGUUCACUGUAGCAUUAUUUGCCUGGCUGUGAGGAAUAUUUGGUUGUUUGUCAUGUUAUGAAAGCUCAGAAUUGUUUUAAAUGUUAACAUUGUUCUGUUGUUGUAUAUCUUUGAAUAAGGUUAUUGUAUUUUAGAGGUUUAAGACAAAGAAAUGUUCAAAAUAUUUUUAAUUGAGACAAUACUACAUAUAACAUUUCAAUGAAAAAACUGAAAAUGAAAACAAAUUAUUAUUUUGUAAUGCAAUAAGUAAUUAGUAGUAGUGUGGAAAGGGCAGAUUGUUACUCCCCACAUCAAGGUGGCAUUGAGUCACAGACAGGCACAGCAAAAAAUAAUACUGUAAAUAUUUAAGUUGGUGGACAAAAUCCAUCCUCAGAAGUAGAACACACACACACACACACACACACACACACACACACACACACACACACACACACACACACACACACACGGCCACUGCCUCCAGGUGCUAAGAUCCAACUGUGACUGCAUCUGAUGUGAGCAGCAGUGCACUGGGUUGGGUGGUACAGGUAAGAAGGAGGUAUGUAAUUGGAUGUGCACUGGAUAGCAGAAUAGGGGUGAGGGAGGGAAUAUGGUAGUGCUGCCUUUGUGGAUGUGCAGGUGGCUAGGGACAGGAUACGGCUGCUAGGUGCAGCAUCAGGAAGCUGUGCUGAAGGGGGCAGGGUACAUUUUGCCAAGUGUGGGUAAGUUGUUGUUGUUGUGGGUAAGUGCCAUUUCUGAGGAAGGACAUUGUCAAGAAGCUUAUAUAUUUCUAGUAUGCUUUUUAUUGUACCUGUCUGCAGUUCAAUACUUCCUUUAUGUGUUAAGUAGCAAUCUCAUCCUUUCUACAUUGCUGUUAUCCCCUCCUGGACUUUCUGCAAUCAGAAAUUAAUUUUAGCUCCAGUUAGCAGUUGUUGUCGUCGUCAUUGUUGUUGCUGUUGUUCUUGUUUGUGUUUGUAAAAUAGUCUUCUUCUUUUUUUCUUUAAUGUAGUAGUGUAUGUGUGUUAAAUGAAAUAUUCCAACUGUGAUUCUAUAGUGUUUUGUAAAUUAAAAAGUGCUCAGAAAA